AUGUCGUACUGUUUUCAGCGUACCGGAUUACCUUCAACUGAACCCGGAGCUGGCGCUGAGCGUUCCACAAUGGCCAAACCAAAGGUUAUUCGAAUAAACUCAGCGGGCGGUCCCAUGCCACCACCGCCGCCACCACCAAUCUCGCCAUCUGCUCAGUUAUCCAGUCAGUCACCGUCUUAUUACGUUUCACAGUCGAGCAAUCAGCGCAAUUCUUAUCAAUUCCAACAUCCUCCUCCACCUCCACCACCCAAUUCAGCGGUUCCGAGAUUAGGUCCAGAUGUGGCUGCGUUAUCCGCAGAGUUCGAGCGGCGGUUUCGAUUCCUUAACGACAGAGACCUGCCUCCUCCACCAGCGUCAUAUAAAGGUCCCCGAACAUAUCGGACGGCAUCUUCAAGAACAGGUUAG